AUGGGCAAACGAAAGCGGCCAGUAAUAGACUCUGACUCGGAAGAUUCCUUGGAUCACCAGAAUAUCAACCUCAGGGGGCUACACAGCGACGAAGAAAGCACGGCACAGAAAACGACGAGACAGCCUACAGCCAUAACAAACAGUUCUCCAACCAAGGGAGCGGGAUCAUUACUCGCGGCCUUGAACCUCGUACAAGAGGUGGACCAAGUCACAUCUACCUCGUCAUCUCCCACCAAACCGGCCGCUUCACCAAGGAAGAAGAAGACAAACCAAAAACCAAUACCCAUUGCGAAGCCAGAGUCUGAAUGGCGCGCGUCUGAUGUUCCAAGGGGUCUCGACGUGACAAAAGGAAACGCCCAGAAACUGUUCCAUGUCACCGCUCGCGACAUUGAUGCAUCUGGGAUCCGGUUUCGCACAGAGAAGCGAUCCCGUGGUCUUGCAGGUAUCAUGCAUCUUUACCAGAUGCGAGACGUUGAACGAGUGGCGUGGGCAAAGCACGGUAGUCCUGAGGGAUACGAUACCUACAUUCAGAACCAAAGGGAACUAUGGCUCUCGAGGGGUAAGGAUCCCCUCAAGUUUAUUUCUGUCCCUCGACCAUUCCGCUAUGAGCGCGCAGGACGGUGCAAGCAAUGUCAAACGUCGUUUGCCAUGCCUACUCAGAUGAUCAUCGACAAGUGCGAACCGUGUCGUGGUAUCCUCUGCAGACCGUCUGUCCUUGUGCUCUUUGACCCAGAGGUCAACCGCGAGGCAGCAGACGAAGAGGAUUCCGAAGCCGAGUCUGAAAAGACUGAUAGUGAGAACGUGAUUGUAGGAUGCAUAGUAACCAAGCUUGUUUCGACUGUAAUGCAUGUCUUUGGCCCGGCUAUGAAAGCACGAGCACCAGCCGGACGAGCCGCAUUGCGUCGCUUGAGCCCGACCAUUACUUGUACAAAAUCUGUAAACAAGCAAAUGGACUCGUUCAGCUGGUCAGAUUCGAUUCGUGCAACUCUUGGGACAUGUCUACCAUGCAUCAAACCCGCCAACGACGCCUCUGACGACGACGAGCCGCAGCGUCGACGACGUGGUGCGCGAGGAGCAGGCGCAAUACGACAACCAGCCUCUACAGCACGCGAAGAACUUGAACGAUUACUCGACCAGCCCGUCUCAUCCGACGAAGACGUAGAGACCAUGUCACUGCACUCUAACGUUGGCCGACGCCGAGCCAAGCGGUCCUCCAAAAACAAACGCGUGGUGAAAACUGUGCGUUUAUUCGGUGUGGAUUUAUUUGGACGACGAGAUGUCGCUUCCACGUCUGCUAACGACGACGAGGAACAAGAGGAGAGGAGAGCAGCGCGGAGGAAUAGACGUCCACGCGCCAUUUCCACGUCGACGCUAGAUUCAGACGCUGCGCCCCUUGCAGACGAACAGAUUACAGACUUUACUACGCGUGCGAACCAGCGAUGGGCACCUACGCACACAGACGAGGAGCUCGCAGUCGAAGAGAGGCGCGAGCGAGAGCGAAUCGAAAAGGAGAUGCGUAGAGAGGAGCGUAAAGAGCGUAAAGCACUCAAAAAGCUCGCUCAGCAAGGCGCAUUUGCAGGUGAAGAUGAAGAGUUUGAGGGGUUCCCUGGAAGUGGCGCUGGCGUCGUCGUCACACCUCGUCGAGGAUCCAGUUCAAUCGCAUCUCCUGCACCAGAUGCUGGUGCUGCCGACGAAUUUGGUCCAUUCGUCGCUGGUUCUCAAGCCUCGACACACCAACGAACGGCGAGCGAGGAUCUCGAGCUGGUGGAGAUGGAGCCGCUCGAGAACCUCUGCUUCCUUUCCGCAGAUGGCUCGACUACCCGGCCAAAGCCAGGGCGUUCUCCCCAGCCGUCUCCUUUGGGCCAGGAGUUUAAUGGCCCAUCUUCACCAAAACCGACGAGUGUGACACCCCGCAAGAAAAAGGAGAAAAAGGACCACACUCGUGCUAAACCAUCCAAGUCCUCCUUGGGCUCUUCGACCGCGACACCCUCUUUGCCAUCUCCUAAAUCAUCACCUGCUCUAGAUGUCAAGAUUCAUUCCCAAGACUUUGAUGGCGUUCCAGGAGGAUUGGUUACUCCUCGUGAUCAUCUCAAUGCAUUCGCCCAGUCAUCGAUGCCUUCUCCCUCCUUUCCAUCCGCUGGAUUCCCCUCUACCGGCUUUGGCGGCUUUAAGCGUUCCACAAGUGGCCUGAGCGGCAACGCAGGUGUAGCUCUUGCGAGACGCGGGGACGAUUAA